AAUCAGAAUCAAUCCUUUCAUUCUUUCUCCCUAUUGCUUGAUGGGAGGCAUUAUGGCCCCCAAGGACAUAAUGACAAAUACUCAUGCUAAAUCCAUCCUCAACUCGAUGAACUCCCUCCGGAAGAGCAAUACUCUCUGUGAUGUGACGUUGAGAGUGGAGCAGAAAGACUUUCCUGCUCACCGCAUUGUCCUAGCUGCCUGUAGCGAUUACUUCUGUGCUAUGUUCACCAGUGAGCUUUCAGAGAAGGGGAAACCCUAUGUUGAUAUCCAAGGCUUAACUGCCUCCACCAUGGAAAUCCUGUUGGACUUUGUGUACACAGAAACAGUACAUGUGACGGUGGAGAACGUGCAAGAAUUGCUCCCUGCAGCCUGUCUGCUUCAGCUGAAAGGGGUGAAGCAAGCCUGCUGUGAGUUCUUAGAAAGUCAGCUGGACCCUUCUAAUUGCCUGGGCAUCCGAGAUUUUGCUGAGACUCACAAUUGUGUUGACCUAAUGCAAGCCGCCGAAGUGUUCAGCCAGAAGCAUUUUCCCGAAGUGGUGCAGCAUGAAGAAUUCAUCCUGCUGAGUCAAGGAGAGGUGGAAAAACUGAUCAAGUGUGAUGAAAUUCAGGUUGAUUCUGAAGAGCCCGUCUUUGAGGCCGUCAUCAACUGGGUAAAGCAUGCCAAGAAGGAGCGGGAAGAGUCCUUGCCUGACUUGCUGCAGUACGUCCGCAUGCCCCUGCUCACCCCCAGGUACAUCACGGAUGUCAUAGAUGCUGAGCCCUUCAUCCGCUGUAGUUUGCAGUGCAGGGACUUAGUGGAUGAAGCAAAGAAGUUUCAUCUGAGACCUGAGCUACGAAGUCAGAUGCAGGGCCCCAGGACCAGGGCCCGUCUGGGAGCCAAUGAGGUGCUUCUGGUGGUCGGGGGCUUUGGAAGCCAGCAAUCUCCAAUUGAUGUGGUAGAGAAAUAUGACCCUAAGACUCAGGAGUGGAGUUUUUUGCCAAGCAUCACUCGUAAGCGACGUUACGUGGCCUCCGUUUCCCUACACGACCGAAUCUACGUGAUUGGUGGCUACGACGGCCGUUCCCGCCUCAGCUCUGUGGAAUGUCUCGAUUACACCGCAGAUGAGGAUGGGGUCUGGUACUCGGUGGCCCCCAUGAAUGUGCGGCGAGGCCUUGCUGGUGCCACCACCUUAGGAGAUAUGAUCUAUGUCUCCGGGGGAUUUGAUGGAAGCAGGCGUCAUACCAGUAUGGAGCGCUAUGACCCGAACAUUGACCAGUGGAGUAUGCUGGGGGACAUGCAGACAGCCCGGGAAGGUGCUGGACUAGUGGUGGCCAGUGGUGUCAUCUACUGUCUAGGAGGAUAUGAUGGCUUGAAUAUCUUAAAUUCAGUUGAGAAAUACGAUCCACAUACUGGACACUGGACUAAUGUUACACCAAUGGCCACCAAACGCUCAGGUGCCGGAGUAGCCUUGCUGAAUGACCAUAUUUAUGUGGUGGGGGGAUUUGAUGGUACAGCCCACCUUUCUUCUGUUGAGGCGUAUAACAUUCGCACCGAUUCCUGGACAACUGUUACAAGUAUGACCACACCACGGUGCUAUGUGGGGGCCACAGUGCUCCGGGGAAGACUCUAUGCCAUUGCAGGAUAUGACGGGAAUUCCCUGCUGAGUAGCAUUGAGUGCUAUGACCCUGUCAUCGACAGCUGGGAGGUGGUGACGUCCAUGGGAACCCAGCGCUGUGAUGCUGGUGUGUGUGUUCUCCGGGAGAAGUGACAGUUGGAGCAUGCUGCAGAGCUUGUGACUGGUCUCGGGGACAGACUACAGGAGAAUCAAGGAUCCUUUCCAGAAUGUCUGUUUCUCACUGUGUACACGGGGAGAUUACAGGCACCAGUGCUGUUAUGAUUGUCCUUAUUUGACAUACAGUUCCCCUUGCGCUGGUUAGUGGUCCCUGAGGGGGGGUGAAGACAUGCAAGAGAAGAGCAAACAUACUGAAUGGAUGGAAGAGGCCAGCUCGCUUCUGUUCCAGUCUUGAGAGUACCUGUUUUUGGUAAUUUCUACCUUAACAUGUGCUUGGGGGAACAUACAUAUACAUAUGUAUAUUGGUUGUGCCUCAUAUGCAGAGUUAAGAUGAGUCUAGCCUACCAGAUGUGGGCAGUAUCUAGAUUAUUGGAAGGAUACCAACUUGACUGAGCUUGACAGAAUCCAAGUCAUCUAUUUUCUAGGAACAAGUAAAUUUCCAGGUCUGCUGGUAGCUAGGAGAACACAGUUCCGUUCUGGAAGACAGUGAAGAGACACGGUCUAAGCAGGAAAUCUAAUGCUUCCUUCAGGGUCAGGAUCAGUGUAUUAGAGGUAAAGUUGGAGUAAGUGAAGAAAACUAAAUUUGAUGGGAUAUGGAUGAACCUAGAACACCACCAAAGUUUAACCUGAGAGACUCCGAAGGGUGUAUCAGUUGACGCAUCUUUUAUUUCCCCUUGUUCUUCUGAGGUGAACUAUUUUCCAUCUUGAGACUACAGAUUGAGAGAAUAGCAAACAAGUGUUGGGAUGAACAGGGACAGAAUAAAUGUGGGAGUUCAGUAAAUGUAGGCACAAACUGUACCUGUGACUUUACAAUCAUCAUAUACUUUGCCAGAGCUUGUCUAUCCAUGGCAAAGUUUACCUUCAGUGAACGCAAGACUGUCAUUCUUUGUUGAAUCAAAUACUACUACACUAUUACACUUCCAUACUAUUUAUUUGGGGUGGGGUCGGGUGGCAGUAGCCUGAGGAUUCAGCUACCCGAGAACUGCCCCACUCUUGUAAGGGCACACUUCUGCUAAGGAGUGAUUUUUACUGCUGUGUUUGGUACAUUAUUCUUUUUUCCCCAGUGUAAAAUGAUUUUGCCUCUCCUUAGAGUGUAUAUUAUUCAUCCAGGACAGUAUAAUCAAGGUCAAUCAAAAUUCUGCUGUUAAUUCCAGUAUCUCUUAUACCGAUUUCUGAGCCACCAAUUGAGGCUCCUCUAUUACAGGUUUAAAUUCUUGCUUUAUGAGUAUUGGGAGUAUGGGAAUAUGAUAAUCUAAACAAGGAUGUACGGUGUUUCGUUUUACUCUGAAAUUCCAUUUUUUUCCUUUUUCCCUAAGUUGUGUUGAUCUAUAAAGAGUUCAUUUCCUUUGUAUUUUUUUAAGAAAAUAUUAAAAAUCAGCAGUCUCAAAUGCCUCUAAAAGA